AUGGAGCCUCAUGUACCAUCUGGCCAAACAGCACUUGGCACUCCACACUGCUGCAAACGGCACGUGCCUAGAAAACUUCUGCAGAUACAAGGAACAAUUUUUCCCGCUCCAAAUUUUAACCCUAUUACGGAUGCCCAGUUGCUAGGAGGAGCACUACAGGGAAUUAGUUGUGAAAAAGAUGUGUUGAUUGAUAUCCUAACACAGCGUUGCAAUUCACAGCGGCUUAUGAUUGCUGAGGCGUACAGAGACAUGUAUGGCAGGGAUCUGAUAACGGACCUAAAAGAGAAUCUCUCUCAUCACUUCAAAGAAGUCAUGGUUGGCUUGAUGUUUCCACCUGCCUCCUAUGAUGCCCAUGAGCUCUGGCAUGCCUUGAAGGGAGUAGACACAGAAGAAAAAUGUCUAAUUGACAUAUUAGCCUCAAGAUCAAAUAUGGAGAUCUUCCAGAUGAAAGAAGCCUACUUAAUGCAAUAUAAUAAUGAUCUUCAACAAGAUAUUGAUUCUGAGACUUCUGGUCACUUCAGAGAUACGCUCAUGAACCUUGCGCAGGGAACAAGGAUGGAAGGAUAUGCAGAUCCUUCUACAGCUGCUCAAGAUGCAAUGAUUCUAUGGGAAGCAUGUCAGCAGAAAACAGGCGAACACAAAAACUUGCUGCAAAUGAUUCUCUGCAACAAGAGUUACCAGCAGUUGUGGAUGGUUUUCCAGGAGUUCCAAAAUAUCUCCGGGCAAGACAUAGUAGAUGCCAUUAAUGAAUGUUAUGAUGGAUACUUUCAAGAAUUACUGGUUGCAAUAGUUCUCUGUGUUCGUGACAAGCCUUCCUAUUUUGCUUACAGGCUUUAUAAUGCAAUUCACGACUUAGGGUUUCACAAUAAAACAGUUAUAAGGAUUCUCAUUGCCAGGAGUGAGAUUGACUUGAUGAAUAUACGACAGCGAUACAAAGAGAGAUAUGGGAAAUCACUCUUUCAUGACAUUAAACAUUUUGCUUCUGGGCAUUAUGAGAGUGCUUUACUUGCUAUCUGUGCUGGUGAUGCUGAAGAUUAUUAA